AUGCGCUUGGGCAUUUUCCUGCUGGCUUUGGCCGGCUGUUGUAGUUUUGUGAGUGCUACCCACAACUGUUUAGUCGGAAAUCUACUUGUAUCGGAAAAUGUUAUCACAUCUAAGUCUGUUGAAUUGAAAGAAUGCGAAGGAUUGUGCAGAAAGCAAACGGUGACAAGCCCAUCCGGAGGAGUCGUUCUCUUGACAUGUGAAGAGAAUAAGCUAUCGACAUUCAUCAAUCAGGAACAGGAAUGCUCCAGCAGCGGGCUUGAGACAUCGUGCUUCUGUAAGGGAGACGAAUGUAACAAGGUCGACUUAAAGGAAAACAUCCCAAAGACAAUCAGCGUUCCAGCUGCUCCAAACAACAUCCUCUGCUACGUUGGAUUCUUUGCCAACAACACUUCCCCAGCUUUCGGAACUGGAGAUACCGUCACUUGCUCCCCAGGAAACGUGUGUACCAGUGUGUCUGGUGUCUACAACGGAUUUGAUGCUGGAGUCUACGCUUGCAUGCCACAAGGACUUUGCGACUCCAUAUUCCCGCAAGCCCAACCACUUUCCACACAAUGUACCAACCUCCAAGGAACCAAUGUUCAGGGAUGCUGUUGUUACAAACAAGAUUGCAGAGAGCUCGCCCCAAUUGCCAACCCACCAACUCCAACUCCAUGGAACAAGAACAACCAGACCUGCUACCAAGGAAUCUCUCUUAACGGAGUCACUCUCUACGGAGGAGCUUUCUCUCAAUGCUCUGGAGAAUGCGGAUCUGCUCGUAUCCGUACUCAACUAAAUGGAAACAAUGUCUGGGCCGAGGUCUACGUAUGUGAUCCAGUCAACGUCUUCACCGGAUUGAACCUCGACAACGAAUGCAAGAACCUCGAUACCACUCAAAUCAAUGGAGUCCCAACCGCUCUUAUCACUGGAUGUGCCUGUAACAGCAAGGACAAGUGCAUCGACCCAACCGUCGUGCCACCAGUCUACCCAAUCAAGCAACUCAAAUGCGCCACUGGACUUUACAACGGAUCCACCUGGCUCGGAGCUGAGAUGAACUGCCAAGGACGUUGUGGACGUCUGAAGUUCAACGCCAACGGACAACAAGUUUCCUAUUUCUCUUGCAUGCCAUACGACGUUUGCGCCGGAUUCGGACUUGCCUCUACCGAGGACCAAACCUACAAUCCACCACAGGAUGAUGAGCUCGAAGUCUUCUGCUGCUCUGGAUUCAACAACUGCAAUGUCAACAAUCCAGACAUCCUCGGACGUGUCAACAGCAGUGUCGUUUCUACCGCCAAGUAUCCAGUUCUCUGCUAUGGAGGAAUCUGGGUCAACGGAGUUCCAAUCACAAACUCUGCUUACGGACUUUGCCAAGGAGAAUGUGCUUCCGCCAGCUUCACCACCACUUUCGCCAACCAGAUCCACAAUGCUACCAUCUACACCUGUGAUCCAGUAACCAUGUGCCAACAAGCUGGAAUCUCCAACUCUUGCGGAUCCGUCCUCGGAGGAGUCAACGCUUGCUGCUGCGACAACGAUCUUUGCAUUGAUCCAAACAGAGGAGGACAACGCCCACAACUCCGUUGCUACUCUGGAGUUUCCAUCCCACAAGACGGCUACAAUACCGGAGGAGACCAAUUCUGCGACGGAUGGUGCGCAUCUUUGAACUCUGUUGUCAACGGAAAGAACGCUACUGUCUACUAUUGUGCCCCAGUUGGAAUGUGCCGUUAUUUCGGACUCGGAUUCGGAGGAGAUUACGGAAACUGCGCUCAGAUUCCAGGAGCUGACCCACAAGUCACCGGAUGCUGCUGCUCUGAUUCUGACAACUGCCUUGCCCCAGCUGGAGUCAACGUCACCGCCAUCCCAGCUCGUAGAGAUCCAAGAAUUGUCUGCUACGAAGGAAUCCAUCUCAAUGGACAAAACAUCAGCCAGCCAUACUAUCGCAUGUGUGAUGGAGAAUGUGUGUCUGUCUCUCUUGGAGCAACCGUCAACAACACCUCUCACUACGCUACCCUCUACACCUGUGAUCCAUCUAGCGCUUGCGCUUCCAUGGGACUCCGCAACAACUGCUCUACCAUCGACAACUCCUUGACUGCUUGCUGCUGUGACUCCAAUGAAUGUAUCGACCCAACCUACAACCGUGUUCCAGGAAAGCAACUCAAGUGCUACGUUGGACUUAACACGAGAAACGGAGGAUUCAACGCUGGAGCUGAAGUUAUCUGCGACGGAUACUGCGCUUCUGCAUCCGCUGUUGUUGGAUCUGACUUGGUCACCGCCUUCCACUGUGCCCCAAGAUCCAUGUGCCGUUCCCUCGGUCUUGACAACUCUAACAACACUCUCUACUUGGACAGAUUCGUCAACGUUGGAUGCUGUGAUGUCUUUGAUAACUGUAACUUGGUUGGAUCUGGAGUCAAUGUCACAAACAUUCCACCAGUUUCUGGAAAUGAGAUGCCACGGGCCUGCUACUCUGCAAUCUUCGUUGGAACCAAUCAAAUUUCUGAUGGAGGAUGGACUGCCUGUAAAGGAGAUUGCGUUGCUAUCAACCUUAACACAACCGUAAACGGAGCAGUGACCACUGCUUCCCUUUACACUUGUGAUCCAUCGUUGCUCUGCAAAGCUCUCAAUUCGACCAACAGAUGCCACCAACAAGAACAAGGACUCGAAACUUGCUGCUGCGACAGUGACGCUUGCCUCGAUCCAACUGUUAACCCACCACGUAAGCCAUACGGAGAUGGAAACCUCUGCUACGUCGGAGCCUACUCUUACGAUAUGUCUGGAAACACCAUCUUCAACGCUGGAGGAGAACAAUAUUGCCAAGGAAACUGCGCCGCCGUUUCAUCCAACCUCGGAAACGCCAAUGUCACCGUCUACGCCUGUGUCCCGACAUACGUCUGCAACAGCUUGCAAGUCUAUGAUACCUGUAACACCGUCUCAUUCGACAAAACCAUCACCGGAUGCUGCUGUACCAACGGACCAAACUGCAACUUGAACAUGGUCAUCCCACGUCCACCACCAAUCACUGGACCAGGAAGAAGACGUCCACGCGUUGAGUACCCAAUCACUUGCCCAGCUGGACUCAUUGUUGACGGUACCUACGUAACCCCAAUGGAGUUCACGGUUUGUGAUGGAGAAUGCGCAUCGAUCAGCAUCAAUACCACAAUCAGCGGACAACAACACACUGCUUCCUUCUACACAUGUGACCCAUCAUCCGUCUGCUACCAACUUGGAGUCCACAACAACUGUGCUUCCCCAGAAUCCGGAGUGACUGCUUGUUGCUGUGACAGCGAUGCUUGCCUUGAUCCAAACAGAGGAAAGACUGUUCCAACUCCACCACUCAAGUGCUACGUCGGACUCUACUCCACCAGUGUCCCAAGCCUUCAGACUGGAGCUGAACAGCUUUGCGAUGGAAAGUGCGCCUCUGUGAAUGCCCGCGUUGCCAACGACAAUGUCACACUCUUCGCUUGUGUCCCACACAUUCUCUGCCGUUCUCUUGAACUCUACGACUCCUGUGCUCGCAUGGAACCAUACUACCCAGAAUUCAGAGCCUGCUGCUGUGACAAUUCGGACAACUGCAACGUUGCUCAAACUCAUCUCAACGGAGUUAUUAACACCACCAUCCCACUUACCCCACUCAACGACGCUCCAAUUUCCUGCUACUCUGGACUUUUCAUCAACGGAACCGCCUACAGCUCAGCUGGAUGGCAAACUUGCCAAGGAGAAUGUGUCUCUGUUUCGAUCACAUCCAUGUUCAAUGGAAAAGCUGGAACUGCCGCCCUCUACACCUGCGAUCCAUCCCGUGUCUGCCGUAACUUGAAGAUGAACAACAAGUGUCAAACUCUCAGAAUGGAGUUACUGGAUGUUGCUGUAACACCAAUGCCUGUAUUGAUCCAACGGUCUAUCCAGCGCGUACACCAGGAAACCAACUCAUGUGCUACGCUGGUAUUGCCUCCAACUACCAAAUCAACGGAACCGCUAUCAAUGAUGGAGCCCAGAUCCCAUGUAAUGGACAAUGCUCUUCCCUCAACGCUGUCGUCAACGGAUACUCGGUCAGCACCUACCACUGUGUUCCAAACUCGAUCUGUAACUCUCUGGAGCUCUACGACAACUGCAAACCAGUCUGGAACGACAACCAAGUCAACGCUUGCUGCUAACACCACCAUCACUCCACCACCACCACCCACCACUGUUGAUUUCGCCAUUGCUUGCUACACCGGACUCUACGUCAACGGACAACCAGCCACUCCAAUCGCCCUCGGAGCUUGCCAAGGGCAAUGUGCUUCGAUCGCUUUGAACACCACCAUCGCCUUGAACAUGAACAACAACUGUGCUUCUCCAGAACCAGGAGUAACCGGAUGCUGCUGUAACACCGAUCUUUGCAUUGACCCAACCAAGAACAAGACCAAUCCAGCUGGAUUCCGUAACUGCUACGCUGGAAUCUACGCCCAAGGAAAGGGAACCGGAUCCGAGAUCAGAUGCACAGGAAAAUGCGCUUCCGUCGCUGCUACAGUUAACGGAGACCCUGUUGCCGUCUUCGGAUGUGUUCCAGAACAGUUCUGUAAAACUCUUGAACUCUACGACGAAUGCAAUACCAUCACUGUUGACCGGAACAUUACUGGAUGCUGCUGUAACAACUACAACAACUGUAACGUCGACUUGGCUGGAUACACUGGAAAGAUCAACACUACAAUUCCAUCUCGUAACCAACGUGACUAUCCAAUCACUUGCUACUCUGGACUUUUCGUCAACAACGCUCCAAUCUCAACUGCUGGAUGGCAAGCUUGCCAAGGAGAGUGUGCUUCGGCCACCAUCUCCACUAUGUACAACCAAGUUCUGACAAAUGCGACCAUCUACACCUGUGAUCCAGUCAGCACCUGCUGGCAGAUGGGAUUGAACAACAAUUGUACGACCAUUGAGAAUGGACUCUCCGGAUGUUGCUGCGCUACGGAUGCUUGCCUUGACCCAACUGUCUCUCCACCACGUACUCCAGCCAACCCACUCAAGUGCUACGUUGGACUCCAAUCUACCUACAAUUCUUUGAGCUUGGGAGCCGAAAGCUACUGCCCAGCUGGACAAUGUGCUUCAUUGAACGGAAUUGUCGGAGGAUACAAUGUCACCACCUACCACUGUGUUGCUGACUCAAUCUGCAAGAGCCUUGAGUUGAAGGACAGAUGCACCACGCUUUGGAAUGAUAGAUCUCUGACUGCUUGCUGCUGUAACAACGCCGAUAACUGCAACCUCAAGGAUCCAAGCAUUGUCCCAGGACCAGCAGUUCUUCCAGACUACCCAACAGCUUGCUACCAAGGACUUUUCGUUGAUGGGCAGAAGUACUCAGCUGUAACUUUGCAAGAGUGCUUCGGUGACUGCGCUUCAAUUUCCAUCACCACUGCCUACGCAGGAGCCAACCACACCGCCUCUUUGUACACUUGCGACCCAACCUCUGUUUGCAAGCAACUCAAUGUCAGUAAUUCCUGCAACACCAUCGAGCCAGGAGUCACCGGAUGCUGCUGUGAUUCUGACCUCUGCUUGGAUCCAAUCAAGGGAAAAACCAAUCCAUCUAGACCAAAGUGCUACGCCGGAAUCUACGCUCAAGGAAAAGCCAAAGGAUCAGAGAUCAGAUGCAAUGGAAAGUGUGCUUCCAUCAGUGCCAACGUUAAUGGCGACCCAGUCUCCAUCUUCGGAUGCGUCCCAGAGCAAUUCUGCAGAACUCUUAGCCUCUACGAUCAAUGCCAAACUAUUACCGCUGACCGGAACAUUACUGGAUGCUGCUGUGACAACUAUGACAACUGUAACGUCGACUUGGCUGGAUACACUGGAAAGAUCAACACUUCGAUGCCAGUCAUGAACCAACGUGAUUAUCCAAUCGCUUGCUACUCCGGACUCUUCUUGAACAACGCUCCAAUCUCUACUGCUGGAUGGCAAGCUUGCAAGGGAGAGUGUGCUUCGGCCACCAUCUCCACUAUGUACAACCAAGUUCUGACAAAUGCGACCAUCUACACCUGUGAUCCAGUCAGCACCUGCUGGCAGAUGGGAUUGAACAACAAUUGUACGACCAUUGAGAAUGGACUCUCCGGAUGUUGCUGCGCCACCGAUGCUUGCCUUGAUCCAACUGUCUCUCCACCACGUACUCCAGCCAACCCACUCAAGUGCUACGUUGGACUCCAAUCUACCUACAAUUCUUUGAGCUUGGGAGCCGAAAGCUACUGCCCAGCUGGACAAUGUGCUUCAUUGAACGGAAUUGUCGGAGGAUACAAUGUCACCACCUACCACUGUGUCGCUGACUCAAUCUGCAAGAGCCUUGAGUUGAAGGACAAAUGCACCACGCUUUGGAAUGAUAGAUCUCUGACUGCUUGCUGCUGUAACAACGCCGAUAACUGCAACCUCAAGGAUCCAAGCAUUGUUCCAGGACCACCAGUUCUUCCAGACUUCCCAACUGCUUGCUACCAAGGACUCGUGGUUGACAAUCAGACAUACUCGGCUAUCAGCCUCCAAGGAUGCUACGGAGACUGUGCUUCCGUUUCCAUCACAACCGCAUAUGGAGGAGCCAACCACACCGCUACAUUGUACACUUGCGACCCGACAACUGUCUGCCAACAACUCAAUGUCAGUAACUCCUGCAACACCAUCGAACCAGGAGUUUCCGGAUGUUGCUGCGACAGCGAUGGAUGCCUCAAUCCAUACACCGGAGCUACCCCAGGACCAAUGAACUGCUACGUCGGAAUUUACACUGGUGAUGGAAAAUUCAAUGUUGGAGCCACUAUGCAAUGUAACGGAUAUUGCGGAUCCCUUGAGACUACUGUUAAUGGAACCCUCUACAAGUCUUAUCACUGUGUUCCAAAGCAAAUCUGCAAGACCCUUGCAUUGAACAACGAAAGAAAAACUAUCUCGACCGACAAGGAUGUUACCGGAUUCUGCUGUACCACUGGAAAUAACUGCCACGUCACUGAAAAGGGUAUCAAUAUCACCAACACAGCUCCAGCACCAACUGGAGACCCUAUCUCCUGCCGUUCUUCCGUCUAUCUUAACGGAGCUGCAGUCACUGAUAUGGCUUAUACUCCAUGCUAUGGACAGUGCGCCAGUGUCUCCUACACUGGACCAUACAACGGAGGAAACCAAACUCUCACUCUCUACACCUGUGACCCAACCGCCGUUUGCACAGCUUUGAAUCUGAACAACGCUUGCGCAUCUAUCGACGCUGGACUCUCCGGAUGCUGUUGUACCACCGAUAACUGCGUCGGACCAAAAGUUCAACCAACUCCACCAGGUGGAUCAGGAUCUUCCAUCUCCUUCUCAAUUCUUGCUCUCUUCGCUGCUGUAUAUAUCGCUCUGACCAGACACUAA